AACCGGAGCUGACGCGUUACCAGGCGGGACCUGCUUGAACUAGAAGUCAACAAUGGCGGCUGUAACCUCUAGCAGACCGUACCAUAUCAUCAUUUUCGGUGCCUCAGGGUUCACAGGACAGUUUGUUGUGGAGGAGGUCGCCCGGUGUGCUGCAGAGAGUCCCGGCGGGAGCGCUCUGAAAUGGGCCGUGGCCGGGAGAAGCAGACAGCGUCUGGGAGAAGUGUUAAAACAAGCUGCUGGGAGGCUGUCUAUGCCAGAGCUGAGGACAGACAUUGAAAUCAUCGUUGCUGAUGUGUCUAUCGAGGAAUCGCUGGCCGUCAUGUGCCAACAAGGCCUGGUGAUUCUCAACUGUGUGGGACCUUACCGAUUUUAUGGAGAACCAGUGGUCAAAGCUUGCGUAGAGAAUGGAGCUCACUACAUAGACAUUUGUGGGGAGCCUCAGUUCCUAGAACGUAUGCAGCUAGAGUACCACACUAAGGCGCUGGACAGAGGAGUGUAUGUGAUUGGCAGCUGUGGCUUUGACUCCAUACCGGCAGACCUGGGUAUUCUCUAUACCAAGAAGCAGUUCAAAGGAACACUGACCGCUGUGGAGAGCUUCCUGAGCAUCAACAGUGGACCUGAGGGCUCGUCUGGCCAUGAUGCCACUUGGCAGUCUGCUGUGUACGGUUUCGCAGACGGCGGAUCCCUCCGCCAGCUGAGGAAGAAGCUUGGCCACAAGCCGCUGCCCGUGGUGGGAGCCAAAGUCAAAAAGAGGGGGUUCAUGUUUUUCAGCAAGGAGAUGGAGCAGUACGCCAUCCCAUUUAUGGGUUCUGACCCCUCAGUAGUCAAGAGAACCCAGCGUUACCUUUACGAGGAGGAACACCAGUCACCGGUCCAGUACAGUGCCUACGUCGGGAUUGGUGGCCUCUUCUCAGUGGUUAAGCUCUUCUGUGGCGGCCUAUUCUUCUGGUUCAUGGUCAAAUUCAGCCUGGGCAGGAAACUCCUCACCACGUUCCCAUCACUCUUCUCCUUUGGCUUGUUCACCAAGUCUGGUCCAACCCUGAAGCAGAUAGAAGACACCUGUUUCAGCUUGACGCUUUUCGGGGAGGGCUACUCAGAGGGUACAGAUCCCACACAGGGCCAACCCAACGCAAAGAUCUGCACUCAGGUCAUGGGACCAGAGCCUGGUUACGUAGCUACAGUUUCUGCUUUGGUACAAGCAGCCGUAACCUUGCUGGAUGAGCUGCACUCUCUCCCCAGGAGGGGAGGAGUGUACACUCCAGGAGCUGCCUUCCAUAAAACCACUCUCAUCAACCGCCUCCAUAACCACAGCAUCAAGUUCUCAGUCAGAAACUACCAGUAACCCGGUUUAAAUAUUUUAUCACGAAUAAUUGCACUUUUUUUUCCUGUUUUUUUUCUGUUCAAAAUGUACCUUAAAGGGAGAUUUGUCAAGUAUUUAAUACUCUUAUCAACAUGGAAGUGGGCAAAUAUGCUG